AUGUGCAGUAUUGUGGAAGAUGAUUUCGGUGACGAUGGUGGUGCCCACGGAAUGAAGGAGGAUUCGCCUCAACCGCGGCUGGCCGCCGAUGAGCUGUGUCGUAAGUGCAAUACGGAGGUUGCCGUGCUCAAGUUGAACCACAAGGAAGCACAAUGUCGGCCCUGCUUCCUGCACUACGUGCGCCACAAGUUUCGGGCAUCGCUCGGCUCCUCGAAGAUCGUCCGCCGGGGGUCUCGUGUUCUCAUCAUAUUCACCGGAACACCGGAAAACAUAGCCCUGCUCGAUAUGGUUCGGUUUGGUUUGGAGCAGGAUUCGUUCAAACAACUAAGGAUAGAGCCUGUGCUGCUUUACGUGGAUGAUGAUUUUAUUAGCAAAGCUACCGAGGAACGGAAGAAGAAACAAAUCACGAUUGCGGAGCUUCUGCAGCAGUACAGCUUUCCGGUGCAUUACACUGUAACCGGUUCUCCGAAGGCAGUCGAAUUACUACCUGCCGUUUCUUUCCCUGGGGGCUUCGAGGAAGAUGAACAACGAUUGCUGCGGAUCAUAAACGGCACACGGUCCAACACCUCGAAGCAAGAUCUGUUGGAGCAAGUUCGCAAGCGAACGUACAAAGCCAUCGCAAAGUCCCUCAACUGUAGCUACGUGUUUCUGUCGGACAUUGGGAUCGACCUGGCGAAAACGCUGCUUUCUAAUGUGGCUCUUGGACGGGGUUGUUCCAUUGCACAGGAUGUGGCCUUCUGUGACGAUCGAGACGGGUCGGUGAAACUUAUCCGACCCCUGCGUGAUCUAAAUCCGGACGAGAUCCUGCACUAUCUGCAGUUCACUGAGAAGCGCUAUUCGUGUCUACCUCACGAGAAUCACUUUGGAGACAAGCCAAGCCUACAGAAUCUGACGGCAAAGUUCAUCGACAACUUGCAAGAGAGUUUUCCGUCCACCGUAUCGACGAUCUAUCGUACCGGCGAUAAACUGGAAGCUCCUCCGCCUGGUUCCACUAUCGGUGCAAGCACGGAAGAAGAUUAUCUGGGACUGCUUGAUGCUAGGAAGACAUCAGCGAGUAACGACCGGGAUAAAUGUGCGUUCUGUGGCGCACCUCUGGACUAUCGGGGGUCAAAAACGUUAUUUGCAACGGAAUUUUCGAGGCUGGUAUCUUCGCGCAUUCAUGCAUCCUGUAGUCACGAGGAAAUUUUAGAAAAAUCGAAGCAAAUGGAACACGAUGCCGAGCGGAUGGUGAACGGCGAAGAUGAAGCAGAAUUAGGACAGCUGAAGCAAACUCUUUGCCAUGGCUGCAGGAACAUAUUUGUUGAUCAGGAGCAAUAG